CUCUCAUGUGGGUUUGUAUAGAUAUAUCACUCCCGGCUCAUUUGGGUGAGAAAUUGAGAGUUUCACCGCUUUGGAAUCCCAUCCCUCGGUUGCAUAGACACAAGGGGAUUCAGUGUAGUGAUACGUUGUGCAUAUUUGGUGUUGCAAGAUUUUUGGUUUCUUGAUUGUUAGCUAUGGCGUCUGCAACAGCGGCUACAAUGGCGUCCCUCCUCACGCCUGGGUCUCUCCGACGCGGUUUGGGUAGCCAGGAAUCGUCGACCCAAUUUGCUCCCCUAGCUGGUCCUCGUAAGACAUCAGUUUCGCGUAGGGUGACUGCUAGCGCUAGUGGGAAGAACGACAAUGGAGUCGUGGAAGAUGUGGAUAUGGGGAAGCGGGGUAUGUUGAAAGGCGUAGCGGGAGCUUUGGCUGCAGUUCUCCCUGCUGUUAUCGCGAAGAAAGCUUCAGCAGCUGAGGAGCAGGGCGUAGCGUCUUCCAGGAUGUCCUACUCGAGGUUUUUGGAGUAUUUGGAUAUGGACCGUGUGAAGAAGGUUGACUUGUAUGAAAAUGGGACCAUAGCAAUUGUGGAGGCUGUAUCCCCUGAAUUGGGCAACAGAGUGCAACGCGUACGCGUGCAGCUCCCCGGAACUAGCUCCGAAUUGUUGUCGAAGUUUAGAUCGAAGAAUGUAGAUUUUGCCGCACACAGCCCACAAGAGGACUCUGGCUCUGUCAUUUUGAACCUCAUCGGAAAUUUGGCUUUCCCCUUGUUGCUCGUUGGAGGUCUGUUCUUCUUGUCUCGUAGAUCCCAAGGUGGUAUGGGACCUGGCGGUCCUGGGAACCCGAUGGCCUUCGGGAAGUCCAAGGCCAAGUUCCAGAUGGAGCCCAACACGGGCAUUACAUUCCAAGAUGUUGCGGGAGUAGACGAGGCCAAGCAAGACUUCAUGGAGGUUGUGGAGUUCUUGAAGCGGCCUGAGAGAUUCACAGCAGUGGGCGCUAAAAUCCCAAAGGGAGUGUUGCUGGUUGGACCACCCGGUACCGGAAAGACUCUAUUGGCGAAGGCCAUCGCUGGGGAAGCUGGAGUACCAUUCUUCUCCAUCUCUGGGUCUGAGUUCGUGGAAAUGUUCGUGGGAGUGGGAGCUUCCCGUGUGAGGGACUUGUUCAAGAAGGCGAAAGAGAAUGCUCCCUGCAUUGUGUUUGUGGAUGAGAUUGAUGCCGUUGGAAGACAGAGAGGAACUGGAAUUGGAGGAGGCAAUGAUGAGCGUGAGCAGACGUUGAAUCAGUUGUUGACGGAGAUGGACGGUUUCGAAGGAAACACUGGUGUGAUUGUCAUUGCUGCCACCAACAGGGCUGAUAUUCUCGACGCUGCCUUGCUUCGUCCUGGAAGAUUCGACAGACAGGUUUCCGUGGAUGUUCCGGACGUGAAGGGAAGGACUGACAUCCUCAAGGUGCAUGCUAGUAACAAGAAGUUCGCCGAUGAUGUGUCUCUGGAUAUCAUUGCCAUGAGGACACCAGGGUUCAGUGGAGCUGACUUGGCCAACUUGUUGAACGAAGCAGCUAUCUUGACCGGAAGGAGAGGAAAGACAGCCAUCAGUGCUAAGGAGAUUGACGAUUCAAUUGACAGAAUCGUUGCCGGGAUGGAAGGUACCGUCAUGACGGACGGCAAGAGCAAGAGUCUUGUUGCAUACCACGAAGUCGGCCAUGCUAUCUGCGGGACUUUGACUCCCGGACACGACGCCGUGCAAAAGGUCACCCUCAUUCCUAGAGGUCAGGCCCGUGGUCUCACCUGGUUUAUUCCCGGAGAAGACCCGACUUUGAUUUCAAAGCAGCAAAUCUUUGCCCGUAUUGUUGGUGCUCUUGGUGGUAGGGCUACCGAGCAGGUUGUCUUCGGUGAUGCUGAAGUUACGACUGGAGCGUCCAGUGAUUUGCAGCAAGUUACUUCUAUGGCCAAGCAGAUGGUCACAGUAUUCGGUAUGUCAGACAUCGGCCCAUGGGCUUUGAUGGACCCUUCAUCCCAGGGAGGAGAUAUGAUUAUGCGCAUGAUGGCACGUAACUCCAUGUCCGAGAAGUUGGCUGAGGACAUCGACAAGGCUGUGAAGGCUAUCUCUGACGAGGCCUACGAAGUCGCACUGGGUCACAUUAGGAACAACCGCACGGCCAUGGACAAGAUUGUAGAGGUUCUGCUUGAGAAGGAGACUUUGUCCGGCGCCGAGUUUAGGGCUAUUCUUUCGGAAUACACAGAGAUUCCUGCUGAAAACCGUGUAUCAGACAACCAGGCCGCACCUGUAGCUGUUUGAAGUGAUCAGAAGCAAGGGUGUUUGUGAACACAAUCGUGUAGGUUUUGGAGCAUCGACGCUCUUGUAUCAGUAUUUUGUUACAUAUGCGGAUUUUUUCAUGCAUGUUCAAAUAUUUUUGAGAAAUGUAAACAUGACAAAAUAGUUUCUUAGCUCAUCUCGCCUCAAAUGCUUGACUGUUGAACGGAAAGUUAAUUUAUGUCCCGCAAUGAUAAUAUAGGAGUAUAGUGUGGAAACUACGUCGGUGAUAGUUAGAUUAUCACUGAAUGGGGUGGACGUAGAUACCUUUCAAAGGAGAAACGCGCAAUUGUUUCAGCUGAAGUGUGCAUGGAUGUAUCAUAAUCCUACAGCUUACAGCUUUUGCUGUUAACUAAUAUUGAAGGAACGAUUGAAA